CCUGCAGGUAGACUAAUAUUGACUUUCGAGUGGCCUAUCAACAUCUGUGGAUAUUAAUCGGCAUCACUGCAUCUAGUCUGCCUGUUUGUAUCGUAUUUUUUCUCGAAAGGGAUUCUAUAGUAGGGCCCAUCUCUCAUUUACUCAGGCAGGUUCAAUUCGUAGCAGAUUCAUCUUUAGCGAGUCGCGACAGAGAGAUCGAGGUGAGAUAUUGCGGUAACUGCGUCUGCCUCCACUCUGCGGGCAGGGUAGAGUUGGAUAAAGUGAAGGGAGGAGCCGUGCACCUGUUAGACCAGUUAGGGACACAUGACUGCAGAAGAAUUUGCUUGAGUUGGUGUCCUUUUGUCGAGAUACAAGACGGAAAGGAUGUCGGAGCCAGCGACGAGUCCUGCGGUGACAGCAUUCCCAGCGCCGACGAUAUCUUUGCCAUUGGGACUACAAAUAUUGAGGACGUACUCCGGUGCUCUGAUCUGCUUGGAAAUAAUAUUUGGAGGGUUAGUAUGGAUCCUGGUGGCGUCCUCCAACGUGCCCGUGCCCCUGCUACAGGGCUGGGUGAUGUUUGUCUCUGUCAGCACGUUCUUCUGCUCCAGCGUGUACCUCCUCCUCUUCCUCCUGGGCCUGGCUGACAGGAUCAACACUGACUGGAACCUGAUGGAUGUGCUGUACCACUUCACAGCACUGCUGUUCUACUUCAGUGCGUUGGUGCUGGAGGCUGCUGUUACGUCUGCCAGAGGGGUCAUCAGUAGUACCAACAGCUCCAUACCAGGAUGUGUAACAGCCCCUAGUGGGAAUAUACUCACCUUUCUGGACAACAGACAAUACAGUAUUAACGUGGCAGCUACGAUAUUUGCCUUUGUGGUGACGCUCUGCUACGCCUGCAGCCUGUUCAUGGGCUUCAGGAGGUGGCAGAUGUGAUGUGACACGGAAGAAAGAAAACACGCCAUUUUACGUUUUUACAGGUCAAACUCCUACCGUGCGGUCAAGACAUUAGUCACGUUGUCUGUUUAUUACAUGUGUAUAACAACAUUGUUUUUUAAAGAGAACUUCUGUAUCAUGAUAUUUGCAUCAAGUGUAUAUUUGUUGCUCUGAGAUCAAGACAGAACACGUUGUUGUAUCAGUCAUGUAAUAACAGCAGGUGUUAUGGCUACGCUACCAGAUGUUGUAUCAGUCAUGUAAUAACAGCAGGUGUUAUGGCUACGCUACCAGAUGUUGUAUCGGUCAUGUAAUAACAGCAGGUGUUAUGGCUACGCUACCAGAUGUUGUAUCGGUCAUGUAAUAACAGCAGGUGUUAUGGCUACGCUACCAGUUGUUGUAUCAGUCAUGUAAUAACAGCAGGUGUUAUGGCUACGCUACCAGAUGUUGUAUCAGUCAUGUAAUAACAGCAGGUGUUAUGGCUACGCUACCAGAUGUUGUGGUUCAAUUAGUGCCUGGUUUCUGAGGCCGACAUGUUUAAUUGUGUGAUCAAUAGUGGAGAUUUUAUUUAUUCGUGUUUGAUUCCCUGUAAAAUAAAUUAAACUCUGGAUCAGAAGAGGCCUAUAACUGAUUAGAUAACAAUAAGGUGACGUUAUAGUUAGAUUUUCCCCUUGUAGAGUGUCUAACUUUUUUUAUAGCAACACGGAAAACUAUGUUAAACAUACUACAUAGGAAAAAUAUCAUAAUAAUCACUUAAUGGCAUUGUGUGAAUUCCUACUGGAAUAUAUUUGAGUAUAUUCUGUGAUUUCUGAAAUGCAUUUUUUACAAAUAAAUAACUUUUGUUA